CAUGGCGCUCGUUUCUGCGUUUAGAAAGAAACACGGUUUAAUGAGUCUUUAACACUUACGAAUUUCCUCUUUAAUACAGUUUUCUGCUUUUGGUCGAUUAUGCUGAGACGUGAUCAUUAAUAUAAAUGUUUUAGAGUGGUUACGCAGCUUUAGUUACGCGGUACCGUCACGGUCAUGACUAGCCGUGAGCCGAACCGUCCAGUUUUUAAGGUCAGAACCCCAGACCGAACACUCUGCCCCCUGUCUCGAUAGAACUCCGGUUACAUGGCUGGUUGGAUACUUUUGCAUCUCCUGCCCUCCAGCUGCGCGGCCUCAGCGGACCCAAAGUCUCCAACUGCGGGUCGGUUCCGGUCCACACGGUUUGACACCGCCCUGGGGUAAUACCUCCAGCUGCAGCCGAACCGCGCUUUCGGGUUCAUGUCAUUCUGAGGACUGUCAGGGAAAUGUCCAGUGAAAGUCAGGGAUUGGUGAAAGGGGAGGCGGCUGCAGUGUUGCCUCCCUCUGCUUCUGCCUCCACACAGGGACCACCUCUUUCUCCUUCCACCCCGUCAAGAGCACCCGAGCUUCCAGAUGAGCUGGUGCAGGCUGGAUGGGCCAAGUGCUGGUCUCGAAGGGAGAACCGGCCGUACUACUUCAACAGAUUCACCAACCAGAGCCUGUGGGAAGUGCCUGUACUGGGUCAACAUGAUGUUAUCUCGGAUCCUUUAGGUCUGAAUGCAGCCCCGGCAGAAGGUGGAGAAAGUAACCUUGGAAACGGUCAGAGGAAGAGGAGGAGUUCUGAAGAGCAGGGGGCGGGUCCUAACACUUUAAAACGUGCCAAGGUGGAACCUACCACACCAAUCUCACCCAGCACGCCUGGAGGCAAACCCUGGAGUUCUGCCCCUGAAGACAAACCGGCACAGACUAACACCCCCUCAACUCCAACUCCAACUCCAGCAGCUCCUACUCCUACUCCAACUCCAACUCCCGCCCCAUACAGACCCUCUGUGAUCUACUGGGAUCUGGAUAUACAGACGAACGCUGUGAUCAGAGAGCGAGCUCCUGCCAGCGAGCUGCCACCCCACCCAGAGAUCGAGCUGCAGAGAGCACAACUGGUCACCAAGCUGAGGCAGCAUUACCAUGAGCUGUGCCACCAGAGAGAAGGCAUUGACCCACCGCGGGAGUCAUUCAACCGUUGGUUGUUGGAGAGGAAAGUCAUUGAUAAAGGCCAUGACCCACUGCUGCCGAGUGACUGUGAGCCAAUCAUCUCUCCAUCCAUGUUCAGGGAGGUGAUGAACGACAUCCCCAUCAGGCUGUCUCGCAUCAAGUACAAAGAGGAGGCGCGGAAACUGUUGUUUAAAUACGCAGAAGCUGCCAAGAGGAUGAUUGACUCCAGGAACGCAAGUCCCGAGAGCAGGAAGGUGGUGAAGUGGAACGCUGAAGACACCAUGAACUGGCUUCGCAGAGAUCAUUCUGCUAGCAAAGAAGACUACAUGGACCGUUUGGAACACCUGCGGCAGCAGUGUGGUCCACAUGUCACUGCGGUAGCAAAAGACUCUGUUGAGGGUAUUUGUUCCAAGAUCUACCAGCUGUCUGCAGAGUACAGCCGGCGCCUGAGGGAGACACACAUGAGUCUGCUGCAGGACCCGGCCACAGAGGUGCCUGAAUCCCCACAGCCAUCGCGGCUGGUCUACUGUUAUCCAGUGCGGCUGGCCAUACCAACACCCACCCUUCCCCGUGUGGAGCUGCACUUUGAGAACGAUGUAGCGUGUUUACGUUUCAGAGGCGAGAUGGUCAAAGUAAACCGAGGACACUUUAGCAAGCUGGAGCUGUUAUACAGAUACAGCUGUAUAGAUGACCCCCGCUUUGAAAAGUUCUUGUCCAGAGUGUGGUGCCUCCUCAAGAGAUACCAGGUGAUGUUUGGCAGCAGCAACAACGAGGGGACUGGUCUGCAGGGGGCACUGCCGGUGUCUGUAUUUGAGGCGUUAAACCGCCAGUUUGGCGUUUCCUUCGAGUGUUUUGCUUCACCUUUGAACUGUUACUUCAAACAGUACUGCUCUGCCUUUCCGGACAUCGACGGCUUCUUUGGAUCCAGAGGGCCCUUCCUGACAUUCAGUCCUGUCAGUGGUUCAUUUGAAGCAAACCCGCCCUUCUGUGAGGAGCUCAUGGACACCAUGGUGACGCACUUUGUGGAACUGUUGGAGCAAUCCUCAGAACCGCUGUCCUUCAUCGUUUUUAUCCCGGAAUGGCGUGACCCUGUGACCCCUGCUCUAUCUCGCAUGGAGGAAAGCCGGUUCCUGCGACAUCAGCUAAGCGUCCCGGCCUACGAGCACGAGUAUCGAUCUGGGAGUCAGCACGUCUGCAAGAGAGAAGACAUGUACUACCGGGCCGUCCACGGAACUGCAGUACUCUUCCUACAGAACGACGCAGGAUUUGCCAAAUGGGCACCAACACCAGAGCGUCUAGCGGAGCUGACUGCGGCGUAUCGGCCUUCCCUGUCCCGCACUUCCUCCCUGUCCUCCCCUGGCCCCGCCCACAUCUCCCCAGGAGACAGAGAUUCUGCCCACAAGGCCGGUGACAGGACACAGAGCAGCGUGAUGUCCCCCAGUGACCAUGACAACAACAACAACAAUGGCAGCACCAGCAGCAGUCCUCAAGACAAGCUCGCUGUGGCAGAGGGGCGGAGCUUGUAGUGUUUUUCCUCUCCUGCGCUCUGAUUGACCCUCACCAGCAACUGUAGCACACAAAGACCGACACAGAAUGCUACUGUCCCCCACACCCGCCAGCAAGGGUCAAGGCUUCAUCUGGCCUGUUCACCACCUCCCCUUCCCCCCCAUCUGCUGGCCAUUCUGAUUGGCCGAAGCUCUGACGCUCUGUUUGAAGUUCGGCCGCUCAGAACUCCAGCAAUAAAGACUUCCCUGAUGUCUGAGGACUCUCACUGGUUGGCAGCUAUCGUUUCUACAGGACUUGUCUGUCUUUGACAGAAUCUCGCAGAGUUCCCGCCCUCUUUGGUGAAGGAGGACUAAACCGCACCUGUUGAGCGUUGGCAGCUGGACUGAUGGGUUUAAAGCGAGGGGGCGGGGCCACAGUGUGAGAUUAUUGUCCGUCUUUUUCUAAACUUUCUUUUUUGUCACUUUCACCUCGGUUUUUUUUUGGUUUGUAAAUUAAGUUAAAAUUGUAGAUUUUUAAAAAAAUUAAAAUUAUUAUAUGAAUUCAGUUUUACAGCUGGACCAGUCCAGAAGGACUUCAAGUUUAGACUGAUCCGGUCUGGUCCAGCCCAGGUUCUGACACUAAGACACUUUUUAAUCUCUCAUGAGAAAGCGAGUGAGCUGUGGCCCCUCCCACAUCUGCCCUGACCCAGCAACUGCUCUGUGACAGGUGUCAGACGACGUCUCUGCACCCACGUGUAGAUAAUGUACAGUUGGACCGCAUGAGGUCUGUUUAUGCUCUUUUCAGCUGACUUUUUUUUUUUUUUUUAAUUUGAUUAAUUUAACCUUUUUAAAAAAGAGAUGUGUUUGUGUAUUUACGGCCCGAUAGUUUGUUUUAACCCAAACCAAAGUGUUGUUCAUAGGAUGUAUAUGUGUAUGUACAGUACAGGUGUGUAUCUGUGAGCUGGGACUCUCCUCGCCUCACCAUCUCUUCUUUUAGUUGUGCAUGAAAACAUUUGGACCGCACACAAUCGCAGAUUGAGCAGUCACCUGUCGAUCGGCAUUUAAGACAAAAGCUCAGAGUUGGGACAGAACCGGAAAAACCAGUACUGAUCCCGGCACAGCUGGAGGAGUGUUCUCCCAGGAGUUGAUGUUUGUUUUUCUUUCUUUCUGACUGUGAAACCGUCAAACAUUCUUAUAUCUCCUCAACAUGUUUGUCCUGUUUCUAAACAGAAAUCAAGUUUGAGUGGUUUCCACUUCUGUGAUUAAAGGGUGAAGGGAGGCAUCUCUUGUUGUGUUCUGGGAGCUCCAGUCCAUCAGAGAACGUCCGUCUGUUCAAAGAUAGGUUUUUUUUGUCCUUAAUACUGCCUGCAGACAAACUGCAACUCCUCUCAAAGUAAAAAGUAUCCAGCCCAGUCCAA